GGGAUCCUUUACAACUUCAACCCCAGGUUCGUCGAUGUUGAUACAAGCGACCCUGCCGAAGGUGUCAUUGGCGUUGUUAGGGUGCAAUGGGUGUAAUGGGAGCACCAGGCACUCCCAGUGCUUAGUCGCCGCCACAGCGAAUGAAAACACAGAAGUGAUUUCAACAGGACCGCCGUUUGCCGUGUCUCUCCAGUCAAGUCGCUUUUUAACGCCCAGAUCUGUGUCUGUGCCUCGUGUGGCGUCCCAGGCUAUGGGAGACAUUGUUCACUUGAAGAUCAUCUUUACCACAGAGGUUGGUGGUUUUCUGUGCCGGAGAGCCGAAAUCCCAUGGCCUCUUCGAUCUCGUGAACUCUCAAAAGCGGCAACGGAAACCUAGAAGGCGACGACCAAAGAGGACUUGUGGUGAGUUAAAAAGAGCGUCGCGGUUCAACCCAAGAAAGGACCGCGUGGUGUCAAUAACCGAUGAGAUAUGGCGCCAUUUUGGAUUCAUGACCAGCUUCUCCUGUUUGAACCGAUGCGCUUCAGACCCUUUUGGAGUUUGCUAAGAACUGCCCAGUCAAGGCGGAUGGGAUCAUGGACGUUACGUUGUUCGGAGAUGGAGAAAUCCCGUCGAGCAAGACGACACAGACACUGGAACUUUUUUGAAGACUGCAAAGACUCUGGGGACUUGAAGACAUGGGCUAAAGUGCCCCAUAAAAGUCAUCAUUCGGUCUCAUGAUUGGUCAAAGGCUGUUCAUUCGGUUCAGCCCGUGUUGCAGUCCCCG